UAAAGCUAUCGACUGUAAUCCUUACUGUACACAGCUGAAUCCUCGGCGGGUAUUUACUGUUUUAUUUUACAUUUUGUGCAAACACAGCAAAACAAAUGGACACCUCCGGGAAAGAGAAGGAAGCUAUUCAGCUAAUGGCCGACGCUGACAAAAAAGUCAAGUCCUCCGGCUCUUUUUUGGGAGGAAUGUUUGGAGGAGGACAUCAAAAAGUGGAAGAGGCAUGUGAGAUGUACUGCAGAGCAGCCAACAUGUUCAAGAUGGCAAAAAACUGGAGUGCUGCUGGAAGUGCUUUUUGCAAGGCUGCACGUCUCCAUAUGCAGCUGCAGAACAAACAUGACAGUGCCACCAGUUUCAUUGAUGCAGGCAAUGCUUACAAGAAAUCUGACCCAAAUGAGGCAAUCAAGUGUUUAAAUGCUGCCAUCGAUAUUUAUACAGACAUGGGAAGAUUCACCAUCGCAGCUAAACACCACAUCAGUAUCGCAGAGAUCUAUGAAUCUGAUAUGGUGGAUAUCGAAAAGGCGAUUGCACAUUAUGAACAAGCAGCAGACUACUACAAAGGAGAAGAAUCAAACAGUUCUGCCAACAAGUGUCUGCUGAAGGUCGGGGCUUAUUGUGCUCAGCUGGAGCAGUACCAGAAGUCCAUUGAGAUCUACGAGCAGGUUGGAGCUAACACAAUGGACAACCCGCUGCUGAAAUACAGCGCCAAAGAGUAUUUCUUCAAAGCCUCGCUCUGUCAUUUCAUUGUCGACGAGCUCAACGCGAAGAUUGCAGUUGAAAAGUACGAGGAGAUGUUCCCGGCAUUUUCAGACUCCAGAGAAUGCAAGUUGUUGAAGAGACUUCUUGAGGCACAUGAGGAACAGAACAGUGAAGCUUUUACAGAGGCAGUAAAGGAGUUUGACUCAAUCUCACGUCUGGAUCAGUGGCACACGACCAUCCUGCUGCGCAUCAAAAAGACCAUCCAGGGAGAUGAAGGGGAUUUGAAAUGAUUGAAGGUGCAGGCAGAAACGCAGCAUGGAGGGACAAAUCCAUCACGCAUGCUUUUUACUAACAAACAAACAAACACACACAAUCUCACUGUGUAUAGCAUCAGGACAGGAGCAUCUGCCGAUGAUUUUGAAUUAUACCACUGCUCACUGCUGUGCUUUCAGAGCACUAUCUCGCUUUCCUUAUGAGCAUAUCUGAAUCUAGUCAGAAUGUAUAUCUUCUCGCCCUCACCUCUGUCUAGAGGAUUGCUGCAUACCUUUCUCUGCUGAAGUCUCUGCCGGUGGAUUUCAGAGCGGUGU